AUGUCGUACCAUUUGUUACGGUUAUUUACAAUCGCGUUGCUUAUCGCUAAUAGCGUUAUCGCCGCGACCACCGACGUCGAUUGGUGGGAGUCCGCCACACUCUAUCACAUCUAUCCGCGCUCCUUUAUGGAUAGUAAUGGUGAUGGCGUGGGCGACUUGAAUGGCGUUACGUCCCGCUUGGAAUUUCUCAAGGAACUUGGCGUCACAGCGACAUGGUUGUCGCCCAUCUUCGAAUCGCCUAUGGCGGAUAUGGGUUAUGAUGUCGCCAAUUUCACGAAAAUCGAUCCACUUUUCGGCACAAUGGAGGAUUUCGAUGCUAUGCUUGCGAAGGCGCAUAAAUUGGGUUUGAAAAUUAUUUUGGAUUUUGUGCCCAAUCAUUCGAGUGAUGAGUGUGAGUGGUUCCAGAAAUCAGUACGCCGUGAAGAUGGCUAUGAUGAUUUCUAUGUGUGGGUGGAUGCUAAAAUCGAUCCAGAAACGGGCAAUCGUACAGUGCCAAAUAAUUGGAUAUCCGUCUUCGAUGGUCCCGCAUGGUCGUGGAAUGAAGAACGUCAUCAAUAUUAUUUACAUCAGUUUCUCGCCAAACAACCGGAUUUGAACUAUCGUAAUCCUAAUGUCCGACAAACUAUGAUUAAUGUGUUAAAAUUUUGGCUGGAUCGUGGUGUGGAUGCCUUCCGUAUCGAUGCUGCGCCGUAUUUUGUUGAGAAGAUGCUCGAAAAUGGCACAUAUCCCGAUGAGCCUGUUGAUGACAGCAUUCCUCCAGGCAUGGGCGGUUCGCGUAAAUACACAAGUAAUCAACCUGAAAAUGCUGCAUUGAUGUAUGAGUGGCGCGCAUUUUUAGACGACUACCAGAGACUUCACGGUGGUGACACAAGAGCUCAAAUUAUUGAAGCAUACGCCCCUAUCGGUAUUUUAAGCGAAUACAUCACUAACGGUACCCAUGUCGGUGGCCAACUACCAAUGAAUUUUAAUUUUGUCCGGUUGCGAAGUUCUUCCACUGCCAAAGAUAUUGAAAGUGCCGCCAACAACUGGAUGGAUGUUAUGUGGACCAGGCACAAAGUGGCCAAUUGGGACGCAAGUAAUCAUGAUAACAGUCGUUUGGCCACGCGCAUGGGUGCACAAAGAGUGGAUACGAUGGCGAUGAUAAUGCAUGCACUGCCCGGAACGUCUGUAACGUAUUACGGCGAGGAGAUUGGCAUGCCUGACGGUCCAAUUGACUGCCCCCACGGCUCAGAAACUUGUGAUUUCCGUGAUCCCGAACGUACACCCAUGCAAUGGGAUACUUCAAAGAAUGCCGGUUUCAGCACAGGCAACUCCACAUGGCUACCCGUGAAUCCGGGUUACAAGAGUUUGAAUGUUCAGGUACAACGGGGUGUGGCACGCAGCACACUACAAAUCACGAAGGGUAUGAUUGCAUUGAAGAAAACCGCUGCCUUCAAGGCGUUCAAAGAGGAUGGCGGUUUCUCGUAUGCUGCUGUGAGUGAGCAAGUCUUUCAGGUUGUCAGAACCGCCGCGGGUCGUGAGGAGUAUCGCGUACUGGCCAAUUUAGGCAAUCAGAUUGAGUAUUUGGAGAGACUGACUAACAAAACCAUGGAGUAUGUGCUUCUCAAUUCUUACUCACCCCACAAAAAUGGGUAUGUUCAGUAGACUUAAAGUAAGAUUGACUUAAGCAAACGUAUUCAUUUGAUGCCCUAUGAAGCGGUGGUUCUACGAUGGUCUGCGUAA